AUGUCGAUCGCCAGGGCGCUGCUGCUCGCCGCUCGGCGCUGCAGCGCUGCCAACCUGCCCAAGCUGGGCGCGCAGCAGGCCCUGGUGGCCGCCCUGCAAAGCCAGCAGACGGCAUUUCCACAUCAGCCGGUGCCAGUCUUGUGGCGGCAGGCCCGUGGGUUUGCGGCUCCCGGCGGCGCCGGCGGCGGCGGCGACGCAGAAAAGCCGCGGCAGCCAAAGGGCGAUGACGAGCCAGCGGCGGAGCGGCCCCUGGCGUCCAAGGUGGCCGACACCGAGGAGCGCCAGGCCGCCAGCAGCGCAGCCGCCGCAGAAGCGGGCGGCGAGCCGGCGCCGCUGGGGAGCGGCGGGCCAAGCCUCGGCACGCAGCACCCUGAGCUGCAGCAGUACAUCCAGCAGCUGAAGCAGCUCAAGGGUUCCAGCACGGUGCUGCAGCAGGAGGUGGGGGAUGAGCCGGCGUGGUGGCAGACCCUGCUGCGCGCCAUGCUGGGCCAGUGGCUGCAGGGCUGGAUCGGCGAGUUCCUGCGGACGCGGGUGGAGCGGGAGUUUGAGGUGGAGGAGGUGCUGGAGGGGGCCAAAGAUGCCUACUACAUAGUGCAUAAGCUGCUGGAGGAGGAGGACUGGGAGACGCUCAGGAGCAUGAUGUCGGCCAAGCUGUUUGCGGCGUUCCAGGACACGGUGGCGGCGUACAAGGCAGACGGCCUGGUGUGGCGCACCGCCAUCUCCCAGGACCUCCAGGCCGGCAUCCGCGGCCUGGCCUUUGCCACCAAGCAGCAGAUGGAGACAUAUGAUCCGGAGCAGGCGGCGCUUGCUCCCGACGACGCCGGCGCGCUGGCGCGCCCCGCGGGCAUGUGGCUGGUGCUGACGGUGCAGCUGCUGGGGGAGCAGCGGGUGACCAUCACGCGGCAGGAGGAUGGGCAGGUGGUGGCGGAGCUCAGGCGCGCGGGGGUGGUGGGUGGGGUGGGGGACCGACGCCCGGUGCGGUGGAAGUUUGCGCGGGGCCCGCUGCCCGCCAGCCUGCCUGCAGACCGCCUGGACGCAGACUGGUUCCUGCUCAGCAUCUGA